AUGUCUGAACUGGAAGCUCAGAGCAAUCAAAGUACUGAGCGUAAAGUGGUUCAAGAGGACUCUGCAGAAGAGAAAGUAGAUGCAACCGAAAAUCUGAAUGAAAUAUCAGUAGAUAACAAUGCUGCUAUUGAGUUAUUAAAUGUAAACUUGCAAGACAUGUUUGCUAACUCCUUUAUCGGUGCUAACGUUGUCAAUGCUACAAGAAUGCAAGAGACCAUUGGCGAGUCUUGGCCUUUUGACCAGUACCAAGCAACAGGUUUGUUGCCGGUAGAUUAUGCAUACUGGUUAACGCCCUAUAAUACUUCAAUAGGCCCAACUGCAUUUGUAAUGAUGCAAGCUACCGCAACAUUCCCAGAUGGCACUCAGAUGGAUGCCCAACAAGCAAGAGCCCGAAGAAGACGCCACGUAUUCGGUGUUUGCUGUUGA